UCUGUUGAUCUACUGAUCUCUCUGUGGGCUACCUCAGCCUGGUGGUCUCAGUUUUUCAGUCAGAUUCUCUCAGACACACCAGGAUGAGGCUUAUUCUGCUGCUAGGACUUCUUACCUUCACAUAUGCGGCUGAAGAGUCUUGUAUUGAGCGGUGUGAAAAUGGUUUCGACGCCACCAAGAACUGUCAGUGUGACUCCAUGUGUACUUACUACAAGAGCUGUUGCAAAGACUAUGAGUCCACUUGUCAUAUUAUAACUCGUGGAGACACCUUUCCCUUUUAUCCUGAAGAUGAUGAAGAGGAAUCAAACAGCACAGAGGAGUCAAUCAGAUCCAGAUCACAGCACAACAUGGUGACCCCAUCUCCUGCAACCUUUGCAGAAAUAUUAAGCCUAUUAACUACAACUACGCAAGUCUUGGACUCAAAGCCAGAUGAUAAGACAAAACCAGUGAUUGCCACUGCUGCCACUCCAACUUCACCUUUUGGAUUAACCUCCAUUAAGACUUUAAGCCCAACCACAACUGAAAGCACAACCAUAACUGAAGACCCCACACCAACAAAGGCUAAAGACCCUGAUGCUGAAGUCUGCAGUGGUAGACCCUUUGACUCCUUCAUGCAGCUUAAAAAUGGCUCUAUUUACGCCUUCAGGGGAGAAUAUUUUUUUGAGCUUGAUGAGAAAUCAGUUUUGCCCGGGUACCCAAAGCUCAUCCAAGACAUCUGGGGAAUUAAAGGUCCAAUAGAUGCUGCUUUCACUCGCAUAAACUGCCAAGGAAAGACUUACAUCUUUAAAGGUAAUAAAUACUGGAGGUUUGAUGAUGGUGUACUAGAUGAGGACUUCCCACGAAAUAUUUCUGUAGGAUUUGAGAAGAUACCAGACAAUCUGGAUGCUGCCUUUGCCAUUCCUGCUCAUAGCCACCAUGGGAAAGAGAGGGUUUAUUUUUUUAAAGGAGACCAAUAUUACCAGUAUGAGUUCAGGCACCAGCCAUCGCAUAGGGAGUGCAUUCAAUUGUCAUUGAGAUCUCCUUCAGCACUCUUCAGAAGAUACACUAACAUUUAUUAUGACAGAUGGUUUGAACACUUCAACCAGCUCUUCGGUGGAGCCCUAAAUCAUCAUGGUGACCAUCGCUUCAUCAACAAAGACUGGAUUGGCAUCAAAUCUCCUGUGGAUGCAGUGCUGGCUGGCAGACUUUACGUCACUCCAAGAUCGCCCAGCAGGAGGCGCCAGGACAGGCGGGAUUACCGGCGGGAUUGGGACCAGCAGUGGGACCAACAUCAUAGGCAGCAAUGGGAUCAACAAUGGGGCUCCAGACGCAGACAGAAUAGAUCUCCAUACUGGGAGAGUAUGGCUGAGAGGGGCAUCAGUAUUGGACAGGAGUUCAAUCAGCGGUUUGACCAGGACAGGUGGAGAGACCAGGACAGACACAGAGACUAUUAUCUUAGGAGGAAUGAUGAUGAUUAUGACUACAGGUACAACCCUUCCGAAGACAUAGCCUAUGACAUACUGCGCAGGAGCCAGCCCUUACAAAGUGUCUACUUCUUCCAAGGAGAUCAUUAUUAUCGAGUAGAUCUGCGAACCAAGCGAGUUGACUAUGCAAACCCUCCAUACCCGAGACCUAUUGGCAAAUACUGGCUUGGCUGCAAAGACACACCAGGGGCAGAAAAAAGAUGAGUCUGACUGCAAAAGACUGGCAUUUAUUAGUAUUUAUCAUGUGAGAAAAAUAAGAUGAGUGUUUGUGCGCUCUAAGAAAAGGCAUUAGCAUGAUCACAGCCAUGCUGAUAUUUUUUCAUUUCUUUUUUUUUUUUUUCACUGUGCAGUUUAUAUUGAGUAUGUUAUCAGGAAAUGAACACAUAUUUAAUGGAUGGACCAAAGAGAUCCAUUUGGAUGGCCACAUGAUCUACACGGUCCAAUUUGAAAUCAAGGACUGUGUUUGUUUUUACCUCAGGACCAGGUCAAUGUUACAGAUAACCAGCACAAUCAAUGGGGACAAAGUUCAGCUUGUAACCUAUAUUCCUGAUUGUUGCAUUGAUUAGUUCUCUGUGGUCACCAUGUUAUUCCAUAAAUACAGAAUUUGAAAUAGGCCUAUACAGAUGUAGGGACAUUGAGAAUUCAUUUUUAUUGAGAACUUGCCUGAAGCAACUGAAUUGUGUUCUGUACUGAGGGUUACAAAUGAAGGCAAACUGCACAGGCUACAGCCAUAAUUUUACAUCUUUUACUGAGGAACAAUAAUGCAUUUAAUAAUCAGUAAUUCUUUUUCAUGUGUUAAUUCGUCUUUCCUUUUCAAAGCACAUCAUAUAAAAGGUGCUUUAAAAAUAACAAUUCCCUUUAAUUUAUUUAACUUUUCGGGCUUGCGCACAUCAAAUUACAUUAAUGUUUACUUUAUAAUUCUCUCAUCAUUUGCCUCAUGCAUCCCAGAUGUGUUUGAUUUUCUUCUGUGGAACACGUUUUGGUUUUUAGAAGAAUAUUUAAGCUCUGUAGGUCCGUACAAUGCAAAUGAAUGGGUGCCAAGAUUUUGAUGUUCCAAAAAGCAGCAUAAAAUUAAUCCAUAAGACUCCAGUGGUUAAAUCCAUAUUUUCAGAAGCGAUAUAAGUGAGAUAUUAUAACAGUUCAAUAUUUAAGUAAAUUUUUGCUAGAAAUUAUUCUCCCUGCCCAAUAGGGGGCAUAUGCAUGAAGAAUGUGAAUCGCCAAAAACACAAGAAGAAUGUGAAAGUUAAAGUUAAUAGUAAAAAUUGACUAAAACAUUGAUCUGUUUCUCACCCACACCUAUCAAAUCACUUCUGAAGACAUUGAUUUAACCACUGGAGUCAUAUGGAUUACUUUUAUGCUGACCUAUGUGAUUUUUGGAGCUUCAAAAUGUUGGCACCCAUUUCUCUUGCAUUGUAUGGACCAAAAGAGCUGUGAAAUUCUUCUAAAAUUCUUAAUUUGUGUUCUGCUGAAGAAAGAAAGUCUAAACAUCCAGGAUGGCAUGAGAGUAAAUGAUGUGAGAAUAUUCAUUUUUGGGUGAACUAUUCCUUUAAGUAGGUAUAGCUGCAGGCCGGAAAUCUCCAGAGGGGUUGUGGUUACUCCAAAAGGGGGUUGCGCCAACUCCAAAAGGGGGCGUCACUUCAACUGACGGUUGAGGUUAGGGGCUCCCUAUAUAUUUAAAACCCCGCCCCUUUUUGGAGAACUGCCUGCAGCUAUAUCCUUCUCAAGUAUCUUGCCCUGUGUGAGGGCGGGGUUUUGGAAAGAGUGUCUAAUUCAUUGGCUGGGAUCCCUUGCACAGCAUCCCUUGGUCCAGUACUUUGGCAGCAGAAAUAACUGCCUUUACAGAAAACCUUUCUCACUCAAAUUGAAACUCACUGAUGUUGAUUCAGCAACAUGCCUUUAUAACUUUAUAAUUUCUUUUGAAAUUUAUUAACAGAAAUUUCUUGAAGUCGAAAGUGUUGGUUUUACCUCGCAUCUUCAGCACAGUAAAAUGGUGUUUCUUAACUGCUUUGCUGUCAACAAUGUCCUAAUACAUUUCCUGUGUAUGUUUUGGCAUGAUUCGUCUGUUCAUUGUGGUUGAUUGCUCUCUCCAAAGAAAAUGUGGCACCUAAUUGAAUAUAUCCACAUGACCCCAUAUUACAAGUAAUCGCUGUCAUGCUGCAAAGAACUGCACUGUACUGAUGUAUGUAAGAACUAAUCCAAGAGAAAGAGAUGGCAAAUACCAAGAAAUGCAAUUACACAGGAACGCAUUAGGAGAACCAGGAAGUACUGUAUCUGUUCAUCAUGUUAUUUUUAGGAUAUACACCGUAAUAAUUCCCUUCAAUGCCAUUUUAGGGCAAAAUUUAGCUAGAAUAUUUAGAAGAAACUUUAAAAUGUAAUGCUUUUAAAGGAAAACGUUAAAGGAAAUUUCUUUAUCAAAUUAUAAAAUAACAAUUUAAUGGGAACCAUAAUGGGAAUAUAUAAACAAAAUAAUCCCUACAAUGCUUGUCUCUGAGAUUCAGGGACUAUGUAUGUAUUAUGAAUGUUUUACAUAAACGUUCUCAUAAUUUG